AAUGAUAAAACUCUUAUUAUUGAUGACAUCAAUUAUUAGUAGUUAUUGCUUUAAUCCUAAUGACUAUAUAACAAUACCUUUCCUAAGAUUUCCAGAUUCUUUGAGUUAUAAUGUUUUAGAGAUAAAUUCAAUUUUUGAAUAUUUGAUAGCAUGUGUUUACAUAGGGUAAAUUGAUAAGCUGAUAUAGAUUAUUCUACUACUCCAUGUACUUUUGUAUAAGUCAACUUUUGGUAUGGAGUCAUCCAGCUCCAAAGACACCAGAGAGAUUAGCAUAAACAAAAGAAGAAAUGAGGAGGGGUUUUAAAGCUCUAUUUUAUGUAAUAUUAUUAACAACAGCAAUAAUAUGGAAGAUACAACCUUUGAAUCCUUAUUAUGGGUAUUAUGAGACACAUGAAUUCGGAUUUAAAGAAUUCUUUAUUUCAUUAAUCGUGUAAUAUAAUAUUAUUAUGUAUUAAGAUAUAUGGUGACAUUUGAUGUGUGGUUUUAUACUUCACAUAUAAUUGGACAUAUGCCCUUUUUUUGGAAACAUUUUCAUGGUGAACAUCAUGAAUUUGUUGAACCUGGAGCAUAUGCUUAAGAUGCAGUACAUCCAGUUGAAGCAUUAAUUUAAGGACCUAUUGGACAUUUCUUACCAACAUUUAUAUAUCCAUUCCAUCCAGCAUGCCAUCAUAUUUUUGGUUUAUUGACAUCAGUAUAUGCCUAACUUGCACAUGAUGGAAGAUGGGAUCCAGCAGGUCACACUUUACAUCAUUAUUAUUAUUCUUGCAAUUUCAGCAUUUGGGGAUUAUGUGAUUUUAUAUUUGGAACAGGUUACAAUUAAGAGAAGUAUCCUAUUCCUUAUAUUCCAACCUGGCUUAGAAGCAAAGUUAAUAAUAAGAAUCAAGAUAAAAAAAUAAUGUGAU